UAUAUACUGUGAAAAACGGACAUCUCAGAAUAAUUGAAGAGCACCACAUGAGUUCUGUCAUGAGGAUACACUCUGGCCUGGGAAUUGCUGCAUUUUUAUCCUGCAGUGUGGUCUUGUUUUUAUUCAAUUAUAAUACUGAGGACAUUCUAAAUGGACGUUUGAAAAAGAUUGGAGAUGCACUUAUCUCCUCCUCUUUCCAAGAGGGUCUUCAUAUGGUUGACAGAGCUAUAGCCUACACUAUGAAAAGAAAUCGUAUCAUGGACACACUGUCAUCCCCUAUACAGAUGUUAUCUUUUCUCAAGAGAGCUGAACCAGAGAGUCAAGAGAUAUCAAGGGCGGCUGAAAUAUGGGAAACAACUUUACAAAUAGUGAAGGAAAGAAUACAUCAGAAACAUAAAAGGUCAAUUAAUGCCACAGAUCUCCUAUCAACAGAUGAACUAAAAAUGAUUGCCGACAUGUCCGGAUGUCUUUCUCACUUGCAGCCUCCAAUAUGCCCUAAACAUUGUUUAGCCAGCAAGUACAGAACUAUCACAGGAGCCUGCAACAACAGAAAUAACCAUAGAUGGGGAGCUUCAAACUCUGCCUUGGCCAGAUGGCUGCCAGCACAAUAUGAAGAUGGCUACAGCCAACCUAAAAGCUGGAAUCCGGGGCAUCUUUACAAUGGCGUUGAACUGCCUCCUGUACGGGAAAUAAGCAACAAAAUUUUCCGGGCAUCUGACAACACUACUUCAGAUGACAACGCCUAUACACGUACCAUUGUUGAGUGGGGCCAGUACAUAGACCAUGAUAUUUCAUUCACUCCUCAGAGUACAAGCAAAGCUACUUUCAAGGGAGGACUGGACUGUCGGCAUACCUGUGAAAACUUAAAUCCCUGCUUUCCAAUAAAGAUUCCACCAAAUGACACAUUUUCCACAAAGAAAGACUGCUUGCCCUUUUAUCGUUCAUCUCCUGCCUGUGGUACCGGUGAGCAAGCAGUCCUCUUUGAAACUCUGACAGUAUCAAAUCAGAGACAGCAGAUUAAUGCAUUAACAUCCUUCAUCGAUGGCUCUACAGUGUACGGAAGCACCCCAGCAUUGGAAAAUGAGCUUCGAAACCUUACAAGUGAAGAGGGUCUUCUUAAUGUUAACACAAGGUUUUCAGACAAUGGACGUGAGUUCUUACCUUUUGUUGCCCAGGUACCUUCGCCAUGUGCUCAAGAUCUGGGGGAUCCAGAUGGGGUUAGAAUUGAAUGUUUCCUGGCGGGGGAUAGUAGAUCUAAUGAAGUCAUUUCACUGUCUGCCCUGCAUACGCUGUGGGUCCGAGAACAUAAUCGGAUUGCUAGGACUCUGAAGAAACUAAACACCCACUGGAGUGCAGAGACAGCGUACCAGGAGGCCCGCAAAAUUGUCGGUGCUUUGCAUCAGAUUAUUACAAUGAGGGAUUAUGUCCCCAAAAUCAUUGGGAUCAGUGCUUUUCAUCACUACAUAGGUCCUUAUGGAGGAUAUGACCCCUCAAUAAAUCCUACAGUUUCCAACGUGUUUUCAACUGCAGCCUUUCGCUUUGGCCAUGCAACUAUUCCACCAGUAUUACAAAGACUGCAUCAUAAGUUUCAGGAACAUAAGAAUUUAUCAUCUUUAAGUCUGCACGAGGCAUUUUUCAGUCCCUGGAGGCUUAUUAAAGAAGGUGGACUGGAUCCAGUAAUCAGAGGGCUUUUAUCAAAACCAGCAACAUUGCUAACACCAGACCACAUAAUGAGUAAAGAGCUGACUGAGAAACUCUUUGUAUUGUCCAACCCUGGAGCACUGGACUUGGCUUCUCUGAACCUGCAACGUGGGCGUGAUCAUGGCCUACCAGGUUACAAUGAUUGGAGAGAGUUCUGUGGACUUCACAGACUGGAAACUCAAGCAAGUCUAAGUACAGUAAUAACUGAUUUGAACUUAGUUCAAAAGAUAAUAGAUGCAUACAGCCACCCCAACAAUAUUGAUGUUUGGUUGGGUGGACUUGUAGAAGACACUGUUCCUGGGGCUAGAACUGGACCACUAUUUGCAUGUUUAAUUGGAAAGCAGAUGAAAAACCUAAGGGACGGUGACAGGUUUUGGUGGGAAAGUGACAAUGUAUUUACAGAAAGCCAAAGAAAUGAACUUGCAAAGCAUUCUCUUUCCCAUGUGAUCUGCGACAACAGCGGAGUCACUGAAGUACAAACAGAUGUUUUCAAACUAGGACAAUACCCACAGGACUUUGUGUCUUGUAACCACAUACAGGGGCUAAAUCUUGAAGCUUGGCAGGAAAAUCCUAACCGUGUUGGAACAUGCAACUCACCUCCAAGGAUAAAAAAUGGAAACUUUGUUCUUUGUACAAUGUCUGCUCAAAUAGUGGUUGUGUACUCCUGUUAUUUUGGUUACAAACUAAAAGGUUCAGAGGAAAUGACAUGUACAGAUAGCGGUUGGAGCAGUGAUCCACCAACAUGUAAAGACAUAAAUGAGUGUGAAGAUCUGCUAAAACCUGUAUGUCACAGGUCAGCUAAAUGCAAAAACACCAAUGGCAGCUAUCGAUGUCUCUGCUCAGAUCCAUAUGUGCUUGCUGAAGAUGGCAGGACUUGUAUAGAUUCUGGAAAACUGCCUAAGGGAUCAGUGGCUUCAGUUGUGCUAGCAUUUGUAGCACUUGGCUGUUUUGCUGCCUUGUUUUUGUUUGCAGUCCGACAGUGUAGGAAUAAUGAAGUUAACAUACCAGCAAAUAAAAUGAACGCACCAAAAGAUGAAGACAUUUUGCCUGAUGAAAAGCAGUUGAAAAACCUCUAUAAAAAUGUAUCGAAAACAAAUCCAUCCUUCGAGUUAGAAAAAUAGGAGAUUGCAACCCCUUAUGGAAAUGGUCCUUACUCUGCAUGGAAUUUGAAUUUGAAUUGAAGGCCAUUGUCAGCACCCAUACAACAGUAUAUCUCUCGUCGGGUGAAAUACUGUAAUUACAGCUCCAUGAAAAAGGAAAAUGUGUGACUGCAUGCAUGUCCUACAAGUGAUAAAAGGAGUAUAGAUGCAUUCUAUCCAUUCGUUCCUUUUUAGAGUGAAUAUAGAU